AUGUUCUCUCAGCGCCUCUUGUGGCUUGGUGCCACUCUUCUGGCCUCGUGCUCUCAGCUAGCCAGCGCCGAGUUGCCAGCCGACGCCAUUGAGCUCGAUCUUGUCUUCCCUCGCGGCGAUGGCAAGUAUGCCGAGACCACCAACGGCUACCCCGUCCUCCUCAACGUCCAGAACCCCGAUGUCGCGUACAAGUACGGCUACAACUUUGUCUGGGAUAUCUACUCGAGAAACAAGAACUCGUACAUGCGUACCGCCGCCCACGGCAUCUUGGGCGCUUCCAUCGGAAACGACAGCACCUUUGGCAACGGCCCGCACCUCGAGGCUGGCAAGACCGGUCACCUCGCUCCCGGCGACUACACAUUCGCUUGGGUCUUUGGCAUGGGCGCCCAAUGCGAGUUCACCGAGCAACCCGACUACAGCGAGUUCAACCUGAACCCGCGCAUCGCCAACGGUAGCUUUGACUUCACCGUCGAGACCAGCGGCAAGGAGCCGACUUUCACCACUUGCCCGAGCGCCAUUGGCAGCAUGAGCUACGUUUCCACGACGACAUACAACUCCGAGGCCACCAGUGUCUGUGCUGUCACUGCUUCUAUCACCCACGAUUCGCAACCCUGCUCGGCUACCAUCAGCAACGACCAAGCUACCAGCGUUUACAGCGCGCUGGGCUAUGCUCGCGCAACAGGAUCUUCCGGAGCCGCAUCGCUCAACUCGAACUUGCCCUCGUCUCAUUUCGCUCUCAUUGCCGGUGUAGUCGCAGCGGUUGCAAUUUUGGCUUAA